AUGGAGCAGCAGCAGCAGCAGCUCCUGUCGCCGCAUGCCUCCGGCGCCGCCCUGACGCCGAGCUCGGCCGGCACCAUCUACGCCUCUCCGGCCCCGAGCCACCACCGGAUGGCGCACCACCACCACCAGCACCACCAACCUCACCACCGGCCCUCCUCGUCCUCCGCCGCCGCCAACGCCGCCCCUUACGGCAAUUGUAAGAGGGGGGCCAGCGGCGGCGACGAGGACGAGGACGAGUACGACGAGGAGCGCGACGACCGGGGCGCCAGCACCAGCGACAAGGCGUCGCCGUCGGAGCCGCUCAAGAAGAAGCAGAAGCGCAACAAGCCGACGCUGUCGUGCUUUGAUGCGACCGUGGCCGACCGCACUGCCUUGCAUGUAAGUCAGCUCAUGCUGGACAGUACGACAGCGCGAGACUCAUCUGACAUUCCCACAGGCAUAAAACGCCAGACAGAAUGCAAGUAUGCGCUCGUCGCAAAUCUUCUCGAGGAAACCACACGCACUGCUGCAAAUGGACGGCGAAUGACCAAGCCGCCCAAAAAGAAGCCGGGUGUUACAAAGUCAUCCAUCCCCAACAUUGCCGACAGGAGCACGCAGCACGGACGUGUGCUGUCUCACGGCUCGGUAUCCUCAUCGACGGGGCUGCUUUCCAAUGUUCCCUACUCGCACCCUACCGCGUCCAAUGUCUUCGGUAUCGGGUCGGAGCAUCCCUUUGCCAACUACUGGACGUGUGAGGGCGGCCUCCCGGAGGUCAUAUCGGUCCUUCCCGACAAGCUCCAGGCCGACAUUUUGCUGAGCCGAUACUUUGAGUGUGUUGACCCAGUAUACCCCAUGCUCCAUCGCCAGACUUUCUAUGCCGACUACGAGCACUUCUGGUCGCUGAGUCGGCCAGACAAGGACCGAUUUGACCCUUCGUAUGUCGCCUUGAUCUUUGUCAUGUUGGCGCUCGGCACCCAGUUUGUGUCCAACACCGCCGCCAAGGAGAGACGACAGACGGCCGAGUUCUACGCAUCUGCCAGCAACCAGGCCCUGCGGAUGAGCUCGUAUCUGAGCACCGCAUCCAUAAGAUCCAUUCAGACAAUGGUGUUGAUUACGUACUUUCUCAUCAACGACAACCACGCUUCGGAUGGCUGGGCCUUUGCGGGCAUUCUGAUGAGGCAAGCCUAUGCGAUGGGACUGCAUAGGGAUCCCAACAUUGUGGCCCCGAAUGCCAGCAUCUUCGAGAAGCAGCAGCGCCGCAAGGUCUGGCAGGCCGUGCUGCUGCAGGACACGUUCCUGACUGUCCUGCUAUCUCUGCCCCCGAGCGCAACGCACACUGAUGUCAGCGUCGAAGACCUCUUGACGGAGGACGCCGCGUCCAUUGCGCACAGCAACGCGACCGACAUGGCCUACAUACGGGGCUCGUGGACCCUGGCCAACCUCGUCCAGGAGACGAUAUGCAGCCCGCGGUCGCUCGACCUGCCGAUCUGCACCACGGCCCGCCACAAGUCGAAGCUCGUGGCGGACUUCCGGGCGGUCUACCGCAGCUUCCCGGACAUCUUCCGGAGCUGGGACGCCGAGUCGCUCUCGCAGCUGGCGCAGACCAACAAGCGCGUCGUGCGGCAGACGCUGUUCCUGACCAGCAACUACUUCCACAACCUCAUGCUGGUGCACGCGUCCGAGAGCCCCGACGUCCCCGUCAACGUCCGCGGCACGCUCGAGGCCGCGCACGACGCCAUCACGGCCUUCUUCGUCCUCUUCAACCUGUUCGACAUGGAGGCGCGGGUCUGGUGGGUGUUCAACCACAGGGCGUUCCUGGAGGCGCUGUGCAUCGGGGGCAUCAUCCGGGAGGCGCUCAAGGAGCCCGGGGGCGAGGAGACGGUGGCUCGGGACCCGUUGUUUGUGCGGGCCAAGGCGGAUAUCUCGCGGAUGAUUCAGAUCAUGCAGAUCAUGGGCGAGGAGGGGUCCGAGGUGGCGAAGACGAGGGUCCAGGUCCUGGGAGACUUCUUGCUUUAA